AUGGGCAAACCAAAGCGCAACGUCCUCGCCGCCGCGCAAGAGGCGCUCUCUCCACCGGCCGAAUUGGAGCCUACCCAGGUCAUUGUGCGCGUGGUGAAGCCCGAAGGAAACAACUUGUACACCUGCGAAAUGCCAAACACGAAGCCCGUGGUUCUCGAGCUUGCCCAGCGGUUUCGCAACACCAUCUGGAUCAAGCGUGGCGGAUAUGUCUUGGCCGAGAGUUAUCCCGCGGGAACGCAGGAUAGCAGGGCAAUUGGCGAAAUUGUAAAUGUCGUGCGAGACGAGAAGUUGUGGCGAAAGCAGGCAUACUGGCCGAAAGAGUUCGUCAAAGUGGUCGAGGAAUUCAGCGACGAAGAGAGCGAUUCCAACGUCGGAAAACUGCCGCCCAGCGACGACGAAGAAGAGGAAGAGUGA